GUGCUGUAAAUGAAACGUAGACUCCGUACAGUCAGUUCUCAGUCGGAGUGAAGUUAACUCAUUGUGGUGCUAGCUGGAAUGUGAGAACCUGCACAGCUAGAAGCCCAGCAGUGCGUUUGGACUAAAGUUCACGUUCAAGACUCAGGCAAGGUUGAUUGGGUCUGUCAUGGCACAACCUAAGGUUAUAAUUGUUAAAGGCAGCCUGUGUUAAGAUGGAAUCCAGCAAGGAAACUUUCUUCAGCACAGAAGAUGGCCUUCCUGUGGAUGUCUUUUCUCCACGUUCUGAAUGACACUGUUUUUUACAUUCUGUACUCAGAGCUCCUUACUUCAUUUCUAGAAAUCUGAAGUACAGGUUUAGAAACUUGAGUAGAUCUGCAAAGAAAAUUUUCCAUGGAAUGGUCUACAAAUGAGACUGAAAGCUGCUGGAAGUAAGAAGUCGCCUUUCCUUCUACUCUAGAAGAGAUGUUUUCCAGGAAAGUGGUGGGAUCUCUUGUCUGUCUAUCUGUUGUUAUCACACUUAUCUGGAUUACAGUUGGCAAUGGGAAAGUGCACUACCUCCCCUAUUACCUUCCUUGCCCUGAAAUCUUCUCCAUGAAACUCCAAUACACAGAAGAGAAGCCAAUCCAACUUUUCCCCCAAUUAUUUUAUCAGCAGCCAAGAGUACUGGCCCCAAAGCGUCAGGAUGUGCUAACAGUCACACCAUGGCUGGCCCCCAUCAUUUGGGAUGGUACCUUCAGUCCCGAGAUCCUGGACAGUGCCUACCUGCCACUGAAUCUCACCAUAGGGGUAACAGCCUUUGCUGUUGGGAAAUACACAAGGUUUGUGGGCCGCUUCUUGGAGUCAGCAGAGAAACAUUUCAUGAAAGGCUACCGGGUGAACUAUUAUAUCUUCACUGACAACGCUGAGACAAUCCCCAAUGUCCAGCUGCAACCUGGUCGAAGAUUUGUCACUGUCCCUGUCAAGAAGUACCCCAGCUGGCAGGAGUUCUCCAUGCGCAGGAUGGAGGCCAUAAAUAAGCACAUAGCAGAGACGAGCCACCAGGAGGUGGACUACCUCUUCUGCCUGCACAUUGACAUGGUGUUCUGCAACGCCUGGGGGCCUGAGACCCUGGGUGACAUGGUAGCAACCAUACACCCUGGCUAUUUCAAUGUCCCUCGAAGCCAGUUCCCGUAUGAGAGAAGGAGCUCUUCAGCAGCCUACAUCCCUGAUGGAGAAGGGGACUUCUACUACGGAGGAGCCGUGUUUGGAGGGCUGGUCAGGAAGGUCUAUGAGUUCACCAAGACUUGCCACAUGAUGAUCCUGACAGACAAAGCCAACGGAAUCAUGGCGGCCUGGAAGGAAGAAAGCCACCUCAACAGACACUUUCUCUCCCACAAACCCUCCAAAGUACUCUCUCCAGAGUAUUUAUGGGAUGACAGGAAGCCAAAGCCCCCUGAAAUUCACCUCAUACGCUUUUCCACAGUGGAUAAGAACUAUAAAGAGAUAUGAGAUCCUUUCACAGAUGUUCUCCACAUGAUCAAACCCACUGAAUAUUAGCUCCCAGAGAAUAGGCCCCACUGUGAAUAUUUGGUCGCACUGUGAACAAACUGAGAAAGGAACAUGUGGAUAUUUUCUCUGGAGAUUGGGAGUCUUAAAGCGUUUCAGAAGCAGCAGCCAAAGUGAAGAUGAGAAUGGAAAGGUUUCUGGGUUCCUAAUCUUUGUAAAUACAGGUGUUCCACUUGAGGCUGCAGCACACAAAAAGCUAUCAAAAAGGCCAGCUAUCAAAUGUAAGGCUGUCCUUAUAGCAGGGCUGCAGAUGUCAUUGCCUGAGUAUUUUUCUUACAGAAACUUAGGCAGGAUCAAAACAGUGUUUUACAUUGCUGUGGAGAAAGAAAGACAUAGUUACAUAAAGAACUUUCCACUUAAUAAAAUAAUAACAAAAUGUGCAGGGUAAUAAA